GCAUCCUUCCUCCUAAAAAAUUAACGGGCAGUUAUUCUUAGCUAUAUGUGCCGGUGAUUCUAAUGGCCCAAGACGAGAAUUGUAGUCAUGUUUAAACCGUAGCCGAGUCGAAUGUAACCGAAGUAAAUGGAAUCAUCCACUACCUUUGGAUCCGCAAGAUACAGCGACUGCGGCGUACGGAUGCAGUUGCCUGGCAACCAUUGCGCAUACCUCCGCGCAUGCGCGUGCGCUUCUGAAAUGUGGGUGGACUUGCGGUGCGAUCUGAGGUGGAGAAUUUGGCCGGGUGAAGGUUAUUUCUCAAGCUAAUUCCGUACAAUGGUUUCUAGUAAUGUCGUGGAUCCCGCAGCAUUUCGACGAAAGCCAACUAUUGUCUGGAGACGAGUUUUCGGAGAUUGCGUAUGAGCUGGUUGGAGAGGAGGUGCAGCGAUUGAGUGUUGUAAAUAGUUUACCUGCACUACUACAAGGAAGUGACGGUCCACUAUGCAUGCAACGUAUUGUCCCAAAGAUAUUGCUGGCAUUGGACAAAGCAAGCAAAGAAUUCCAUGUCGCUGCUGCCUUGACUUUCUAUACCAUACUAGAAAAAAAAUUGGUUCAUCCAAAAACGUACGCAGAAACCUUCUUGCGAAGUAUGGUUGAGCAUAUUGACUUUAAAGUACCAGAAGUUGCUGCAAUUUGGCUUGAUGUUUUGCUGGACGCUAUUGCAUUAUUGCCCAUUGAUGCAAUUCGAGCGGAAGUUCUGCCAGUAGCCAUAAAUAAAGGCCAAAUUUCACAACCUGUGUCUUCUCGAAUUAAGUCAUGUAGACUGUUGGGUAAAGCUAGUCUGCGUUUAGACAUGUUUUACCUGAAAAAAGAGUUACUUCCUGUGAUAUUAUCUCUUUGUCAAGAUGUGAAUCAUGAGGUGCGUGCAUGUAUUUGUACAGAGCUGAGUAAUAUAGUGAAAGCAUUAGAUGCAGAUGUAUCCAAGACUAUGUUACUGCCGUCGUUGGUAGAACUUGCAAGUGAUGAAGAGGCAUUGGUUAGAAUAUCAGCUGUGUCUACAAUUGUUGAGGUGCUCGGCUAUUUAACACCAGACUAUAUGGCUCCUAAUGAAAAGCAGUGGAUUCUUCAUUUUUACCAAGAUAUGGCGCAGCUUGGGACUCUGGUCAAAGACACUCGUAAAACUUUCCCUAUGCCAGACUUUAAUAUGAGUGGAAAUGCUGACCGUUUAAUUUUAUGCCGUCAGAAUUGUGCGUAUAAUUUUCCAGCAAUGGCAAUUUUUUGUGCAAAUUUGGGAGAUGCUUAUUCCGAUCAACUUUAUACGACUUUCUGUGCCCUUACUAGUGAUCCUUAUUUCAUGGUGCGGCGAACCAUUGCUUGUGGUUUUCAUGAGGUUACACAUGUAUUAGGUCCAAACUGUGGAAAGUUGAAAAGAGAACUUGUCAAACUUCUUAGAGAUGAUGUUGAAGAAGUACUGCAAGGCUUAAUUCCACAUCUUUCAAAAACAAUGGAACUUCUGGCCAAGUAUAGGGAAUUGGGACCUGAGAACAUGGAUCCUCAAUCUAUGGAAAUUGGCCGAGCAGUUCUUAAAUGUGAAGCAGAAAUCAGUGAAACACAUAACUGGAGACUUCAUUCUAUGUUGAUGAGUCAAUUGGAAUGCCUGCCUCUUUGUUUACCUUCUGAAUUCUUACAUAAUUAUUUCAUUCCAAUAAUUUUUUCUCGGAUUCAUAAAUCUCGAGCUGUUCCAUGCCGAAUAGCUGCUGCUCGUACAUUGCUGGUAUUUUUGCGGUACAAUCCUAAAGCUCCCCAACGAAAUGACCUCAGGACUCGAAUUGUAAAUGAGGAUAAAGUUGCCAAUGUACGCAUGCAAGUUGCUGGGUAUUUUCCACGCUUAAAAGCUAUGUUAAGACUGCCGUCAGAUAAGAAGUUACAGGUAGCAUUAGAAUCAAGUGUGCGGCGAAUGGCUGCAAAUGAAACAGAUCGUGAUGUUAGAUCAAUGUUGGUUGCAUCAAUGGAAAAAAUGGACCGAAUGCCUAUACGAGAUGAAUCUAUUUCUCCAGCACAACUGACAAAAGAUGACCUAGAUGAUCAACGCAAAGCAGAGGAAGAAAAUAGGUUGGCAGCUUUAAAAGUAGAGGGAGCGCGAAGGAGAAAUGAAGUUCCAGUGCCUCCAUCUAGAGUUCCACCAGUUGCUCCAGUUCCAGGAGGUAUUAAGAAAGGAAGUGGGAAAGCUGCUGAAUAUAGGUGGAACACCUACAACUGUUGUGAGAAAUCCAGCAAUGGCAAGGCAAGUUAUGAUUGUAGCAUCUUAAAAUUAGUUCAUUUGGAGGAUGAAUUCUAUGUGGAUGCUGGAAUUCGAAUUCCUCAGCAAUUGGCAGCGUCUGGUGACCUUCCUACAUUUCCAUCAAGAAUUCCAAAUCUACGUGAAAUCCUUUUCAAGAAUCAUAGUAUGAAUGGGCAUAGUGGAAAUUCGAAUACCCAUUAUAUUACUGCGAUGGCAACUACUCCUAAGACAUCUCUGAUUGUACCUUCAAAUAUUCUAGAAGAAGAAAAAUUUUCUAUGACUUCAGCUUCCCCCACAUUACUAUCAUCAUCAUCGUCUUCACCUUCAUCAUCAUCAUCAUCAGCAGCAACAACAGCUUCAUUUCCACAAUCGACAGCCUCUGCAGCAGUGGCUUCAUCAUCAUCCUCAUCAGCGUCAGUAUCAUCAACUUUAGUGCCAUCUUCCAUGUCACAGACAUUUAACUCAUCCACAAAUAAAGCUGGAACUUCUGAGCCAAAAAUGAGGAUAAAACAAAAUAUAUCCUCUGGAGUAGUUGAUCGCAAUGCCACUGUCAAGAAUACUGGCCAGUCAGGUAAUAUAAUUCCUAAAGGGUCUGUGCUAAGCAGUUCAACUAGACAGAAUACUGAUACGUACUUGUGUAAUAAAGUUGAUCACUCACGUCCAAGUAGUUCAAAGAGUAGGCUCGGAACAAUUGAGUCAAAACAAAAAGAUUCUUCAGUUGUAAGUAGAAGACAUAGUUACAUGGAUGGAGAUAAAGCUAUUAAAACAUCAGUAUUAAUCAGUAAAACUGACAAUCCCAGUGCCAGAAAAGGUGGAAUUAAUAGUGGAAACAGAAGGCACAGUUAUAUAGAAAAGGCUUCUAUUGAUGAAGGGAAAAACAAUAAAUCUGCAUUUGUUGUAAAACGAAGUUACUUGGGAACAACAAAUGCUACUCGUUAUUCUUAUAUGGAGAUGGAACAUUCUACAGGUGGCUCCAAAUUGAAAAGCGAUGUGACUUUAAGAAAGACUGCUAUUCCUAGUCGUCGUUCUGAUAAUGAGAACAGAAACUCAGAAGGUCCAAAUAAAAGGAGGAGUCUCAUUUAUAUGCCCCAGCAAAACAACAGCCGAAUCAAUUCAUUUGAGCGUAGAAGUGAAUUUGAAAUAAAUGCUGGUGUUGAAGAUAGGCAAUCUUCUCAAAUACCUAAACAUCCACAGUCUUUGGCUGUAGAAAGCAAGCGAAGGCACAGCUCUUUGGAGAGAGAUGAUUUAGAAAAACUUAAAACACCAUCUUAUGAGCAAAGUCAUAAAAAUAGUAGUGUUCAUGUGAGAAGUCUACGUGCCAGUUUGGAGAGUAUAAACUCUCCCAAAUCGUUAGAGUUUGAGAAGAAAACUCAAGCUCCUUAUAACAUGAAUACUAAUAAUGUUGAUAAAGUUAAUUUGAGAAAAGAAGGGAAGCCAGUGGAAGAGAAAGUAGGAUAUUCUACAUCUGAUGAAAAUCUGGAUUUGAUGAUAAGGAAGAGAAAUCGAUUAAGUCUGAGUAAAAUUCCUCGAGGACCUGCAAGUUGCCAUUCCAGCCCUGGUGGAAGUAGGGCAUCCAGUCCUACCAACUCAUUUAGUAAUGGUAUUGUUAGAACACGUCAAAGAACAGCUCCUAAUAGUCGAUCAACAAGUCCAACUGGUGGCAUAAGUACCAGUGGCAAUGUUAGAAGAACACAGCGCUUGAGCCUUGGUAGUCUAAAUAGCUACAUGAGUAAUUUGAAGCUUAAUGAAUCUUCCAGUCGCCUUCCAAUUAGGAAACCACCUCCAUAGUGUGAAAGUAAAGUUGCUAUUACAUCUACGGAGUUAUGGCAUCUGGAAAAAUUGUGUAAGUAUUGAGUAGGAACUCACAUUUUUCCUGUAUUUUCAAGAACAUUAUUUAAAGCAAGUCUAUUCUCCUUAUCAAGCUGUUAAAAGUGAAUUUGCCUAAUAUAGAUAUUUUACUGUAUAUUUUAAUGAGGUGUUUUGCUUCUUUUUAUGUUGUCAGCAAGAAAUUAGAAAUUUUUUAAAAAAUUUCUAUUGUUAAUAUUUGAAUUGAUUUUAUGCAGCAUUCUUCAGUUGUUGAGAGUUAACAGCAUCACACUAAAAACAUACUACCUUGUUAAUACUUUUCUCUUGAUUCCAAACGAAACUGUCUUUUUUAUCUGCUUUGACAGCAAUUGCAUUUGCAUUUGUAUGACUCUCAGUAACUUUUCGUACCUUCUCUCAUUUUAGAAAAAUAUUUAUGAUUUUAUACAUUGAGGGUAUUAAAAAGAAUUAGUUAGUUUGAAAUUGUGUUGUGUGGACUAUGUGAUUGAGAAAAUAUUUAUUGUAACUUUGUAAGUAUAUUUGAUUGUUUUCUUCAUAGUUUGUUUUGUUUUUUGAAUUAAAAAUAAACUUGCAUAUAUUCUCAAAAUAUUCAAAAUAUUGUUAAAAUACCCAGUAUUUGCAUUAAUUAAUUGUAUUUUAAUAUGAGUAUGUUGUGUGUAUUUAGGGACAGUCACAUGUAAUAACACCAAAAUACGGAGUUUCAAAGCAAAAUAAGUGAUCCUUUGCUCCUAUUGUGAUUUUAUCAGUCAUUCAUAUUCUCAUGUAGUGUUAUAACAUUUAUUUUGUUGUGAUGUUUUCUCUGAAAGGAGAUGUUUUUGUAAUACAAUAAAAUCUGCCUAAACCGGAACCUGUACAAGCCGGAAACCUGCCUUAACUGGAAAAUUUUUCUGGCCCGUGAAGUUAAAUGGCAUUUUAUCUAGCAUAAAAUGUAACCUGCCCAUCAUGGAAGCGGAAGGUUUUUAAUGUUGCGGGCCUGAUGGCCUGAGUCUCGCCACGUAAAAUAAGGCAAAUACAAUUCAAUUCAAUGUUUUGCAGCAAAAGAAAACCUUAUAAAACAAAAUUUCUGGGAAUUUAAUGCAAUUGCCAAGAGAUCUGAGAAUCUGUUAAAGAAUCUGCAAGUCCCUGUGAUAUGUGUUUCACUCGUGGCAGCCAGACUGUGAAGUUGAGAGGCUUAAGCUGUCAGCAUAGAAUUCGACCUUGGGGCCAUUUGUUUCUCAAGGUUUUCGUGGUAGGGAAAUUCCCUCCCUCCUGGCUCUCUGAGCAUGGGAAUUUGUAUGGGCAUGAUGUCUGUUCACACAUCACACAUGGUCAAGGCCAUGCAAGGGUAUCAGAAAAAGAAAAAGCGACUGUCAAAAUUACCAUGUAAAAAAAAUAAAAAUUGCAUAGAAAAAAUAUUUAUUAUAGAAUCGUGACGUAAAAAAUAAAUGUAGGUAUUAAUUAAUUAAUAGACCUUCUUCACUCAUACGUUACAAAAAUAUCUUGAAAUAACUGAAUAAAUAAUAUAUACAACUCGCCACAAAAGUGAACGUACAUGCAAUUUUCCUUCAAGAAAAACAAAAAAUAAUAAGUUAGAAUGUUGUGGAAUGACUUUGAGCACAAGUAACAACCUCUAUUCACGUUGGCAUUGAUCUUACAAACUUCUUGUAAAUUCAGGAGCGAUUUUCUUUCAUUCUCAGAGAUUACCCUUGUGAGCUCUUGUUUAUUCGAAAUUUUAUGCUUCUGCAAUUUUUUUUCCAAUUCCCACCAAAAGUUGUCAUUAGGAUUGAGAUUGGGUGAUAGUGGCACCAUUUCAAGACACUUUGGUACUUGGCACAACCAUAACUUCACAAUAUGCACUGUAUGGAUGAACCAUUGUCCUCCUGAAAGUAAUAUGUUGGCCCCAAUGCAACAUUGGCUGCACUUUGUUUGACGUUACUUUCUAAAAUUAAUAAAUAUCCAAAUUUGUCAACUAUGAAAUCAAUCAAAUGGAGUUCCCCGAACCCUGAAGCAGACAUACAUUCCAAUACCAUUAGGGAGUCCGCCGGCGCUUUAAAGUUGCAAGCAAAGUUUCAUCUUCUAAUGCUGCGCUUACCCUCUUCCACAUGUAUUGAUGGCCAUGCGAUCCAAAUAUCUUGAAUUUACAUUUAUUGCUAACAAUCACUGUUUGGAGUACUCCAAUGGGUGGUUACCAUAAUAUUUCACGAACUACAGUAUAUUGUACAGAUUUGCCUUACUAAUCAAAGGCUGCUUCUUCACUACUCUCCCAUUGCAACCUGCAUCUCGUAGUGCCUUUCAAACAGUUUCUGAGGAUACAGUUCUCUGUGUUGUUAAAACCACCUACAGAGUCAUUUUAACGUCACUUUGGUGAGCAUUCCUGCUGAUGUUAUUGACAAUUUUUAUUUUAUCUCGUUUGUUGAGUAUUGGAUUUCCACCUCAGUCUAUUUUAUUAAUUAAUCUGCCAUUGUACUUGAAUUGAUCUACCAUACUUUGAAUAGUUGAAUGAGGUCUUCCCAUUGUCAGCGCAAUACUGUGGAGAGAUCUUUCCCUCAUAUCUAAAUUCUUACUAAAUGUUCGUUCCUCCAUUGUUAUUUCUCGGGGCCAUUUCAAUUUGAUGAUGCAAUUCAAUUUAAUGCAAAUCUGACCAUCAACUAAUCAGUUUGUUAUAACUUUGUUCCCAAAAAAACAUUUCAAGAGGUAUGUUUCAAAGCCUGCUUGGGAUAGUGUGUGUUCAUUUCUGUGAAAUGCUUAUUUGUAGGCAUCCCACAAAAUAUUUAAUUUUACACCUAAUAAAGCAAUUUUCUGCUUUUGAUUUGCACUAGUCCUUCUAGGAAACUUCAGGUAUCAAAAUUACAUAUUUUGUUUUCAAAAAUAUUAAUAUGAGAAGAAUUGUGGUAUCAAUAAAGAUGUACAGUUAAGGUGUACGUUCAAUUUUGAGAGCUACUGUAGUACUCUGGACUGUGAUGCAUUGUGUGUAGAAGAGAUGGUGAGGAGGCCGGCUGCAACCACUAGAGAGUGAGGUGGUGUGUUUCUAGGAGAUUCACAACCAGUUGAACAAUGGUUGGAAAAAUCAUUAAACUCUAAAUAUUUCAACUUUUCAACUUCUGAAAACAUUAUUAUAUUAAACAAACAUAUUAUUUUAGUGCACAAGUUGUGAAGAUUUUCCUAUAAAUUGUGAGAAAUAUGUUUCUUAUAAUAAUGUAAUA